AUGGCGGACUCGGCGGAUUCUGCACCUCCACGGCCAGAUCAGUGGUCUGUUGCUGAUGUGGUCUACAUAACACUAGUGACACCCCUCAUCCUGGCAGCCUUUGCUGAAUGGUUCUUCUGGCUCGGAGCUUUCCUUUUCGGCCUCAUGAAUGUCUAUCGCAAAGCUGAGCAUUGGACUACUCGUGUCAUCGCGGUUUUCAUCAUGAUCCUCUUCUCGAUGCUUCGAUCCAUCUUUCUCCCCGUGAUGGUCGUCACUCUCCCGCUCCCGAAUAAUAUCACACGCCACUUUUCCUGGGCUCUCGUUAACCUCUUACAAUGGUUCGCUUUCUAUAUGUUCUCGGUGCUGCUUCUGGUCCCGUGGGCACUUUGUCUUUACAGACUUAUCACCAGCGAAAUCGGCCGUUCCAAGAGGAUCAAGGAUGUCCUACACGACACAGUUGCCCCGAAGGUGGUGGUUGUUAUGCCAGUUUACAAUGAAGAGCCAGGUGUACUGAUCAAAGCCAUCCGUUCAGUGGUCGGAAGUGAUUAUCCUUCGUCGUGUCUGCAUGUCUUUUUAUCAUUUGAUGGAGAGCCAUCUGAUGUACUAUGGGACUCAAUCGCUAUGCAACUAGGCAUUCCCCUAGGUAUCAGUAAGAAGGCUCAGAGCAUUGACGCCAUCUACCAUUCAGUCCGCGUAACGGUUAGCAGGUUUCCGCACGGUGGCAAGCGACACUGCCAGAAGAGGACUUUCAAGCUCAUUGACCACAUAUAUGCUGACUACGUCGCCCGGCACGACGACUUAUUCAUUCUUUUCAUCGACUCGGACUGUAUUCUGGACAAAGUAUGUAUUCAGAAUUUCAUGUAUGACAUGGAACUGAAGCCAGGAAGUGGACACGACAUGAUAGCAAUGACCGGAAUCAUUACCUCUACGACAAAAACAAUGUCUUUGAUUACUAUACUCCAAGACAUGGAGUACAUUCAUGGACAGCUAUUCGAACGUUCCGUUGAGUCUACCUGUGGUUCAGUAACUUGUCUUCCUGGUGCUUUGACCAUGCUACGAUUCUCGGCGUUUCGCAAAAUGGCUAAAUACUAUUUCGAAGACCAGAUUGAUAAAAUCGACGACUUUUUCGACUAUAUCAAGUGUCACUUGGGCGAAGAUCGUUGGUUGACUCAUUUGUUCAUGGUGAGCACUGUGAAGCGAAACCAAAUACAACUGUGCACGGGUGCUUUCUGUAAGACGCAAGCCGUACAGACAAUGAGCAGUUUGAUCAAGCAGCGUCGUCGCUGGUUCCUUGGCUUCGUUUCGAACGAAGUCUGUAUGCUUACCGAUGUGCGGAUUUGGAGGCGUUAUCCUUUGUUGUGUAUGAUUCGCUUCAUGCAGGAUACCAUUCGAACCACAGCUCUGUUAUUUUUCAUCAUGAUACUCUCAGUAUCGACCACCUCUACUAGCCUUGCGAGCUUGCCGCUCGGUUUCAUUGCGAUCUCGUUGGGAUUGAAUUAUGCACUGAUGCUCUAUUUCGGGUAUAUUCUACAUCGAUUCAAAGCGUGGUUGUAUCCGUUAAUGUUCUUGCUAAAUCCGUUCUUCAACUGGCUAUAUCUUGUUUACGGAUGCUGCACAGCUGGUAAGCGUACUUGGGGUGGUCCACGAACAAAUGCGCCCAAGGCAGAUGCGCAUACCACACCUCGUGAAGCUGCGGAACAAGCAGAAGCCCAGGGCGACGAUCUCAACGUAGAUGUUUCUACGUUCCGCGAAUAUGGAAAUGCCACAGUGGGUGUCCCGCUACAUCCGACGGAGAGUGUCACGAACCGUUUGGCCACCGAUCCGAAUUACGACGGGACGUGUGAUGUCCAUCUUGACUCUGAGCUUUCUCUGAUGGAACAUGAUCGGGAAGAAUGUGCUUUACCCAAGAUUCCUCUGCAUCCACGAGCCUCAUUUGAUUCUAGCACAACUGAUAAUUGCUCGGUCAGCCUUCCACUUCCCGUGGAGAGCUUGGUUGCAGAAGAGCGGGAACUGUACGAUCUCUAUGGCUUCGACAAGCAAACCUUGAAUGGUGAUAAAGAGGAACAGCGCAGAACACCAGAAUGGAAACCGAACCUCCGCAGAGACAGCAUGAGUUUUCCAGGCAGGCAGCGAAACUCUAGUCAUCAAUCUUCGCCAACGCUGUCAACAAUGCCCCGCUUAGACAUAGACAGCUCAGGAGAAGUCAACAUGGAACCUGUCAGGCAACUAGCACCACUGCACCUUACUCCUAGCCCCUUAGGUCAGAGCUGUAUGCAAAAUACGGUCCCCGAAGAUGACGACCACGAGCAAACUGUGCGAGCGCCGCUAUUCGGCGGCAUUGGCAGGAGAUCAAUCAAGAGAGGUCGACGUCUUUUUAUUUUGGGGAGGAAGUCGGAAAGUCAGUGA